CUGACUCUCCAAGGAGUUAGUAUAGUAUGCGUAUCGGGACAUCAAAUAUUUUGUGCGAAAUAAACAGACGUGUGGUUAUUAAAAUCAUUAAAAACUGCAAUAACAGAUCUGUCGAAUUAUGCUGUGACGUGAAAGUCAUACUGGAAUAGGAAUGUAUUAAAAAGAAGUUAUAUCAAUAUUAUUAGUACAAAUAUGCUUCCGAGCGUAUGCUUGUUUUAUGUGAGUAUGCAUGAAACUGUUUUACGAAUGGUUUCAUACAGGAAAAUCACUUUAUAAUACAUAAUUAUAAGUUGCUACGUGUCAAGUCGUUAAACGUUACACACGCUUGAAAAUAAUCUGUAAAGGAGUAUUAUCAUGAUUUCGAAAACUGUCUGCAUCACGCAAGAAGGUCCAGCAAACGCUUUGGCGCUCAACAAAGAUAACAGUCAAGUCGUUAUAGCUGGACGUAAUGUCUUUAAGAUAUUUACGUUGUUGGAGGAUAGAUUCGAAGAAACUUGUAAUCUACGCGUUGGGAAAAACUUGAACUUAAACUUUUCGUGCAAUGACGUAGCAUGGAAUCUGAUAGAUGAUCACAUACUGGCAACUGCUGCUACCAAUGGUGCAGUGGUAGUAUGGAAUUUAAAUAAAUCAUCUAGAUCGAAACAGGAACAUGUUUUUAUGGAUCAUAAAAGAACCGUGAAUAAAGUAAGUUUUCAUAUGACGGAGCCUAUGUGGUUGAUAUCGGGUUCUCAAGAUGGUACUAUGAAAUGUUUUGACUUGAGGAUAAAAGAAGCUACUCAAACGUUUUACAGUAAUACGGAAUCGGUACGUGAUGUACAAUUCUGUCCUCAUUCGCCACAUACUUUUGCCGCAGUUUCUGAAAAUGGCCAUGUGCAGCAAUGGGAUUUACGUAAACCGGAUAGAUACUUCCAACAUUUCACUGCUCACAGUGGUCCGAUAUUUGCCUGCGAUUGGCAUCCCGAGACCACUUGGCUGGCAACUGCUUCUAGGGAUAAAACCAUUAAGGUUUGGGACUUGGUAGGUAAACCUAGUUGCGAUUACGUUAUACACACCAUAGCGUCUGUAGGCCGUAUAAAGUGGAGGCCUCAACGGAAGUACCAUAUAUCCAGUUGUGCACUUGUGGUGGACUGCAGCAUAAACGUAUGGGACAUUCGAAGACCUUACAUACCUUUCGCGAGUUUUAAUGAGCACAGAGAUGUCCCAACGGGUGUCGCAUGGAGGGGCAAUCCGCAAUCGUUUUUAUCAACCAGCAGAGAUUGUACAUUAUAUCAUCACGUGUUCAAAGACGCUACCAGACCUGCAAGCAAAGCGAAUCCGCAGGGUAUCGCCCUGAAUCCGAAAGGAGAUAUCGCGUAUGCUUGCAAAGUGAACGUCAACGUUACGACUACGAUGAAACAGUUGACUAAUAUAAUGAGGAAAACACCAGCGACGAACGAUACAUUUUGCAUGGCAUCCAGCGUUAUGCACAGAUUCGCGAUUAAUAUGCCACGAGAGCCAAAGUGGUUCCGAGUUUGUGCGGAAGGUUAUUUGCUCUCUGGAAGACUGAACGACGUUUGCGAUCAUAAUGCUACCAUUGCCAGAAACGCUGGUAGAAAUGAUAUCAGUACAGUAUGGAAUAUAAUAAAAACAUUGUACGCGAACCCUAUGGGAUCUAUAUUGAAAACUCCACCAACCGCUUCGAAAGAGGACAUAGUGAACACGUUGAACUUAGCGCAGAUCACAAUAGGGCCUACUAUGGAUCAACCGAGCGCAGUACACGAAAACGAUGUGAAAUCUUUGCAAGGAGAAGCAACGGGGGCGACCAGCGGAGGUGACGACGAGACAGAGACGGACGAGACACCGGAAAAUCAACAUUCCAUAGGAUCGAUGCUACCUAGUUACAAGAGAGCAUUCGUCGACCACAAGGGACCAUCGAAGGGAGACUUUUUGUUCGGAGAGAGCGAAUUCGAACCGAUAAUGGUGGAGUACACUUCCAGUUACAUGCGAAACCUGAUAAAUAACGAUAACGACUGGACGCUGUCCAAAGAAGCGUUUCCUCUGCGACACGAGAUAAAAGACAGAUCUCCGCCACCUGAACAAUUUCCGAAUCAGCCGCCAGAUAUCAACGAGGACUGCGCGUCGUUGAUGAUCGAAGAUCAACCGAGUCAAUUGAUAGUUACGAAUAUCCCGAAGCCACAGUUUUGGGAUCCUACGCACUUGAUCGAAGAAGCUUUGAGGCAUCAUGCCGCUCUCAGAGAUAUACAGACCUCGGCGUCUAUUCUUAUCGCGUUAGGGGAGAAACGAAAAAACUUGAACAUCGAAAUCGCCAUUCAAGAACAUUGGAUAAUGGAGUAUCUGGACAUGUUGGCGAGGUUUAAACUGUGGAACGUGGCCACACAGAUAAUACAAUCGGUUUGGAUCCCAUCCAUAUCGCAACUGAAUCAACAAUCGACCACGAUACAUGCAUGCUGUUUGACUUGUUCGAAACCGUUGCAAAGGGCGGCAUGGUUCUGCGACAGAUGCCAUUCAUCUCAUCACGCGCUUUGUUCAGUUUGCCAUCAAGUCGUUAGAGGACUUUACGUGUGGUGCCAAGGAUGUACGCACGGUGGUCACGUCGUUCACAUGAACGAAUGGUUCAGUUGUAACCGACAGUGUCCCACGGGCUGCGGUCACGUGUGCGAAUACACUUGAGAAAAAACACGUACCUUCAUUGUUACGAAUUGCCAAUGUCCGGUUUACGUAUGCGUGUGUGCGCGUAUUUUAGUCACUCCUUUGUUCAAGACUGCAGCGAUUAAGAUCAAAGAAAUUGUUCUAUACAGCGUAGACAAUAUCCAACAUUGACGACGGGUAAAUUAUUCUUUAAUCAUAUUUUUGUAAUUUGUACAAUAUCAUUUAUGACGAAUGUAGCUAGUUCCUGUAAUUCUAAUCGUAAGAUCACGUUUCGUGAGAUGGUAUCAUGUAAAUUAUAUAAAAAUAUAUUGGUAUUACAAUG